AUGGCCACCUCCUCUGAAGAGAAGCAGGUCUCCCCCGAGUCCAAGGCCCAGAGCAUCAUCGACUCCCUCCCCGGCAACUCUUUGAUCUCCAAGACUGGAUACGUCACCGCCAUUGCUGGUGCCGCCACUUACUUGAUCUCCAAGGAGAUCUACGUCUUCAACGAGGAGUCCUUGGUCCUCAUGGCCUUCGCUGCCACCUUCGGCGGUAUCGUCAAGGCUGCCCGCGAGCCCUUCAACGAGUGGGCUGAUGUCCACAUCAACAAGAUCCGCACCGUCCUCGAGAAGGCUCGCGUCGACCACAAGGCCGCCGUUGAGGACCGCAUUGACCAGGUCGGUCAGAUGAAGGAUGUUGUCGAGGUCACUAAGGCUCUCUACGCUCUUUCCAAGGAGACCGCCAAGCUCGAGGCUGAGGCCUUUGAGCUCAAGCAGAAGACCUCCAUGACCGCCGAGGUCAAGUCUGUCCUCGACUCCUGGGUCCGCUACGAGACCUCCGUCCGUGAGCGCGAGCAGUCCAAGUUGGCCGCCUACAUGAUCGAGAAGAUCAAGGCCGAUCUCUUGGACCCCAAGCUCCAGGCCAAGAUUCUCGAAGAGUCCAUCAGCCAGGUCGAGAAGAUUGCCUCCAACAAGGCCUAA